UGAAAAAGAAAAGCACAUUUAUAAUUUCCCCUUUUCCUAAAUAAAUCUCUCUUCACUCUUUUAAGUUCCCCCUUUCACACAGACUGCAACAAUCUCUACUCUUGAAACCCUAAAAUGGAGAGCAACCAAACUCCACAAAAACAACGAUACAUCGUUGCCAGCUCUUAUGCUCCAUCCCGAAGAUCAGCUUAUUUUGAUCUUCUGAAUUCUGCUUACACGGGGAAUCUAGAUCAGUUCAAGAUGAUAGCUUCAAGGUACGAUUGCAAAGGGGAUGGAUUAGCAAUAACGAUCGAACGUCUUAAGGAUAAACUUGGAAGAGGAUCUCUUAUUUUUGCUGCUGCUGGAGGAAGUGUUAAUGUCUGUAGAUACUUGCUUGAAGAGUUGAAUCUUGAGGUUGAUGUGAAAGAUAACCAUGGGGGAACUCCCUUAUGUUAUGGAGCUGUGAAAGGUCAUUUGAACUCUGUAGAGUUUCUUCUUGAGAAGGGUGCCAAUCCUAAUGGUUCAGAUGACCCAAAUAGUACAUUUAAUGCUCCUUUGCAGUAUGCUGUAUUGGGAGCUUUAUUUGCAGGAGAUAUAAAGAUACAGAAGUUGUUACUUUCAAAAGGUGUUCGCAUUAAUUUUGUGACUGAAUCUGGGACUCCCCUAUAUUAUGCUGCUGUUUUUGACCAGCUUGAUUCUGUUAAACUUUUGUUGGAUCACCAUGCAGAUCCUAAUGUAGUGGUGCUGGGACUGGUUACACCGCUAAUAGCGAGUAUUCUUAACGAUUCACCGCAAAUCACGGAUCUUUUACUACAGGCUGGCGCUGAUCCAAAUGCCGAAUCAAGUGGAAUUGCCCCUCUGCAAUAUGCAGUAGAUUAUGGACUAACACAAUUUAUCGUGCCAUUACUAGAGCCUGGUGCUGAUCCAAAUGCUAUGGAUAAUGAAGGGAUGACUGCAGUAGAAAUUGCUGCUAAAAGGGGUAAGAGCAAUAUUGUUGAGAUUCUAUUUCCUGUGACUUCUUGCAUUCCAACAUAUCCGAGUUGGACCAUUGGUGGACUUAUGGAGCAUGUGCAUUCUGAGGCUGCAAGAAAGAAGAAGGCGUUGGAAAUUACUCCAACAGAUGCAACUCUACUAUCCAGUAGGAGUGCAUGUUAUGCAUGUAUGCAAGAUGGACCUGAAGCAUUAAAGGAUGCAACUGAGUGCAUAUCUUUAAGGCCUGAUUGGCCAAAGGCACACUACAGGGCAGGCGUUGCGCUCAACAUUCUGAAAAGGUAUGGUGAAGCAGCAGACGCCUUCUAUAAGGGUUUGACGCUGGAUCCUGAUAGCAAAGAACUUGAAGAUGCAUUCAGGGAUGCUAAUGAAGCUAGAUUGAAGUCCGUCCUACCACCAUAGGAAGCAUAAGAAGAUGAUGAUAGUAAAUUGACAAUAUUAUCUUAACUAGAAGGCGUUUUGGUGACCAAUCUUUUGUUAUAGGCUCCUACUGAAAGGGGUUUCACUUUCCCUAACAUGUAAACCGUAGGGUUUUUUUUAUUCCACUUGGCGUUUAUGUU